AUGUCCAACAACCCUCACCACAACUCCUUCCAUCCCUCAUGCCCCCCAAACUCCAACCAUACCAACCGUGACUCAAGCGCUGGCGGCUACUACUACCCUCCAAACAUCGAGCAGCUGUCUUAUGUCGACAUAAUAUAUAACGAGCAACCCAACAUCGAUUUCCAGCCUCACUUUGAUUCCUCACCUAUCCAAUACGCAACCGGUCAGCACGCUAGUCAUGCCGAUCUUAACAACAACUACACCUAUCAUCUCAACAACGAUCAGUCUCCAUCCCAAUCCCAAGUGACUCACACUCAACCCACCCAAUUGCAAACCAUCAUUUAUCAACCUACCCAGUCCACUCAUCUUGCCACACAACCACAAUCCCAACCGUUUGUACAACACCGGUCCCGCCAAUCAGCCCCAGAUACUCCGCGCGGUCCAGUCUGUCCCCUUCCUGCCCCCUCCCAAGCCAAUGGGAGCUUGGCCCACUUGCUAAUAAAUACCACCGCGCACGAUCCUGCUCCUCUUAACCCUGUCCACCGCAUUUCUGCUAAUCCGAACGCGCACGAUCCUGCUCCUCUUAACCCUGUCCACCGUUUUUCUGCUACUGUUAACCCCACGCAGUGCAAUCCUGCUACCACCAUCCCCAUCCAGCCCAAUCCGUCCGUUGCUGCAAGAGUCGACACUGUAAGAGUUGACAACCGCCAGGCUGGAUGCAAUCAAAGCAGAAGCCCGAGUUCCUAUUGGCCCAGUGUAUCACCAAGUCGUUCUCUUCCGCCCCCUCUGCCAUCUCCAAUCCUCAAGCGCCCAGCUCCACCUUUGAUCGACAUCAAUAAUCGACCCGACAACCGAAAACGAAAGAAAAUACAGCCUGUUGAUUGUCCUCGUCCGUCACCCAGGCCGUACGAGGAGCUCAUGAAGAUGUCGGAAGGCCAGCUCAUCAUGGAAGCCAAGAAAUGGUCCAAAAAGGCAAUGUCGGAUUCGGAUCGAUCGUUUUUUGCCCACUAUGCGUCCGAACAACGCAAGAUGUUGACCAUCAAGGCUAUCGAGCGGGGUGUUUCCAUGCCGAUGGUCCACAGCUUUUUGGGCCGCCGUCUCGCGUUGCGGAAGCCUAGCAACUUCAACUAUUUCAUGCAAACCAAGAAGGUCCGAGCCGUUUUUCAAGGCGCACGGAAAGGAGUAAAGUACUCUCCAGCGAUGGGGCUUGCAUCCAAGCUAUGGCACAAGCUUUCCCCCGAGGAGAAGGCCAAGUAUAGGCAUUCGGCGAUGGUGACCACAGACGACGCCUCUGAUGAAAAUGGACUUGCGGGCAACUCCUCCGAUCGCAAUCAAGUUGCCACUGACUCCUCCGCUCCAAAUGGACCUGUGGCAGACAACGAGGCUAACUCCCAAGGCAGCGCCGUUGAGGAGGCAUCCGAUGAUGAUGAACCCAAUGGGGGUGCAAACCAAGUUGGAAUGCGCAAGAACAUCUCGCUUCAUUCCGCCUCGAAAGAGGUUGAGAAUUUCAUGGAUGAGUGGGAUGCCAAGGCAGUGAAUGUGGCCAAUACGUUUGGCUGUGAGCUUGUCACAUUUGCGGUAUCUAGACAUCUGGGGCGACACUCCUUUCAGUUCACGCGGUGCACCCCCGGAGCUAUCCAAUUUGUUCAAGGCGCCAAGGACGUUGAUGGCGCAAAAGCCUAUCCAGCUCGGAUGCAGUCAUUCAUCACCGGAUACACAGUUGCUGAUCUCGCAGCAGUUAUCUCAAGGGCGAAGGAGGAGGCUGCAAAAGCGGCUAAGAAUGGCACAGCUGUGCCCAGAUCGGCCCCUCUCCAUCCCAUUUCAGCCGUCGCGAGGAUGUCUCUCCUCAUUGCUGAAAAGACUCAAGGUGCAAUCAAACAAUGGCCGUGGACCGAUACCGAUUUCAGCCUUGCACAAACCAAGCAUCGGUUGAUACUGUUGCCAGGCGCACAGAUUCAAGAGGCUUGGCUCAAACGGCCAAGUCGUGGCCUUGGAACUAAGCGCCAGGGGGUUCUUCAUGUAGCCCUCGAUUCCCAGCUGAUUGAUAUUGUUUACGAUCCCUCCAUUCCUGAUCGCAUCUCCCGUAAAGACUUCAAAUCACCUCCGCCUGCUACUCCCAGUCGCAGCAGUCGGAGCAGCCAAUCACCAGAUGGUGGUUCCGAUUGCGUUUCCCCAUCUCCCUUCUGAUCACUUGUGAUUGCCUCAUCACUCAAAAUUCUUCAACUACUCGCUCUCCCUCUGGCUUGUUCAAGUCCG